AUGCAAAACCCUAGGUUAGAUUUAUAAAAUAUUUAAAAUUAAUUUGAAAUGAUUGUAGAAGAAUUAAAGAGUUAAAAUUUUUUUGAAUUUUAUUCUAUUGCACAUUAAAUUGAUUUUUAUGAAGAUACGAAAAUUUUAACUGGAAAAACAUUUAAUGUUACUAAAGACGCAAAAUUUAUUGUUACAGCAUUCAAAAUGAAUUAAUUUACUGCAUAUGAUUUUUAUGAAACAUUUGUAAACUUUUAUCAUACAUUACAAUUAUAAAAAUGGAAGGAUUUAGGCAAAAUAAUAAAUUAUGAGAGUAGUUUAAUAGAUUUAAAUGAAUUUUCUUUAUUUUUAGCGAUUGAUAUGACGCUUAAUUAAAAGACAUAAGUUAAUUAAGUAUAAAAAGGGAAAUUAUGUUUAUAAUCAACUCGAGAUGAUGAGGGAAAAGAAAAUGCAACUUGGGUAGAAUAUUAUUUCGAUGAAAAUAAUGAUGAAUAACAAUAUAAAAGUUUAUUACGGAAAUGUAAGUUGAUUAAUGCAAAAGGUAAGCAAUAUAUGUAUUUCUAACACAAAAUUUAAUGA